GUGAACUGUUCACCACUCCCCUUUCUAAUAAAUCCCCCUGCAUAAGAAGCGGCCAAACUGAGACAUGGUUGUACGCAGAAUGGGGAACUUCAUGCAGAUAACAGUUAUACUUCUCUACAGCCACAGUUGGAUCUGUGAGUCUCUAACUGUGGACGUCCAUCCUGGUGAGGACAUCACUCUGUCCUGCUCCAACAUUUCUCCAUCUCCAACCCAGACAGACUGGUUCAGAGUGGUUCAUGGAACCAAACCCAGCUGCAUCUCCUCCAUGUACGGUGCUGAAGGCGAACCUUCAUACUGCGAUGGAUUCCACCGUGAAAAAUUUAUCAUGAGUUCCAACAAGACAGUUUUCUUUCUUCAAAUCAAACAAGUGGACCUGAUGGACUCUGGGUUGUAUUUCUGUGGAUUUUAUGUAAAGAAACAUACAGUUAUUGGCAGAGCAACAGAGUUAAUCAUUAAAGCUAACAGAGACUCCAAAGACGAGGGGGAUUCUGAUAAUACAAAAGAAGCGGAGCAACUGAUGGACCUGAUGCCUGGGAUUUUAGGUUCUCUGACUGCUCUUCUCUUUGUAGCAGUUGUUGUUCUGGCUGUUAAAAACAGGAGACUUGAGAGAGCUUCAAGGCUGCAGAAAGAAAGAAACGAGAAUGUGGAUCCAGACGAUUUGAACUAUGCAGCUCUGAGUUUCCAAGCAAAGGCCAAAAAGAGCCACAGGUCUGGACCUCAGAGGGACCUGGAGCCACAUGUUGUGUACGCUGCCACCCGAUAGACUCAGGAAGCAACAGGAACUGCAGCAGAAAAUGAAACUCAGAUUGUAUCACAUUAAUUUACUGACCUUUUGAACCCUUCAGUGCAUCUGCAUGUA